ACCUGACAGUCAGGAAGAAGCGAGUCAGAGGGCGGAGCCAAGUGGCAGUUAAACGUCUUGCAGCAGAUCUUUUAUACAGUAUACUUACACUCUUAUAUGCCAGGCUGUCGCUUCACUGCACAUUUCCUCGAAACACAUCUAACCGAAUCAUUGAUCACUUCAGCAGACGAGCUGCAGCAGCGAUGGCAUCGCCCCUGAGGUCCCUGGUGGAGGACGAUGAGCGGUACCUCAAGUCCUUCCAGCUGUUCCUGGAGCGCUCCUCUGAGCACCAGUGCAUGCAGGACUUCAUUCAGGGCAUACUGCCGGGUGAACUAGCCAGUGUCGGCGACGGAAAGGCUGAGCUGAAUGUCUUCGGAGUGGGAAGCGGUUCAGGUGAGAUAGACCUGGAGAUGUUUUCUCAGAUCCGUCAGAAGCAUCCAAGCAUAACGGUGGACAACCAAGUGAUUGAGCCCAGCAGCCAACAGAUACAUAACUACAAAGUUUUAUUGUCUAAGACACCAGAUUUAGAUUAUAUUAAAUUCACCUGGAACAAGAACACUGCCGCUGAGUUUGAACAACACUGGAAAGAAAACAAGAUGAGCAAGAAAGCAGACUUCAUUCACAUGAUACAGAUGCUCUACUACGUCAAAGACCCAGACGCCACCGUCCGCUUCUUCCAGAGUCUACUCGACAAGAAUGGAAAACUUCUCAUUAUUCUCGUUUCUGGUAGGAGUGGGUGGGGCAAGCUGUGGCGGAAGUAUCGGAGCCAGCUGUGUAACACCGAGAUCAGCCAGUGUGUGACCACGCGGGACAUCAAGAGCGGCCUGGAGUCCCAGGGUGUGGCCUACCGCAGUUACGUGCUUCCGUCCCAUCUGGACAUCAGCGAGUGCUUCGUGGAGGGCAGUGAGAAGGGGGAGCUACUGCUGGACUUUCUGACGGAGGUCCUGGACUUCAGCCGGACGGCGCCGGCCGAGCUUAAGGCGGGGGUCCUGGAGAUGUUGCGGCAACCGGACUGCAGCGUGGAGACCGAUGGGAAGGUCAUCUUCAACAACAGCCUGGAGGCUCUGGUGCUGGACCCUCUGCCUUAAGGCCUGAUUAUGGUCUCCAUGUUGACGCAACGUAACAGACGUCACUGCGUCCGUGCGGACUCUCCCUGCGUCCACUGCAAGGUCCUGACGUGCGCCUCCCAAAAAUUCAGCAACAAGGGCUGUGAUUGGUCCGCUCACUAAAAUCCAACGCAGGACCAAAACAGUUGACGACUGCCUCGAAGCAUCUGCAUGGGCAUUGCGUUGCAUCGACUUGGAACCAUAACUGAGCCUUUAGCAUUGAGGAGGACCUUCUAAAGAUCGCUGAAAUCUUAAAAAAUAUAAAUAUGAUUUUGUUAGAUUUACCUGUAGAUUAAAUAUUUUUAUUAAUGAACUAAAUCGUCUGUGUCUGUGCGUGAGACAUCCAGUCCGUUCUCUGAGGGAUGGUUAUAUUAUAUUAUAUAUUCUUUAAUUACAACUAUCACGUAACAAUCUUGAAUGUUGAUUUGUUGGGAGCACAAUCUGAAACAAUGCAGCAAACAGCAAUCUACCUAUAACGCAGGACACGGUUGCAUUUGCUAAACAGAUUUUUCUCCAACAAAUUUCUCCAACUCAACCUAAUGAAUUCACCUGAAUAAUUAUAUAUACACUGUGGAGAAUAUAUAUAAGUUCAAAACAGCUAAGCAAGCUGUGCAAAUAAUUCUCCAGGCGUUAAGACAGAUUUGUUAAUGAUGUCAAUACCUUAGCUAGCCAUAUGAGGGUGCUAUAAAACUAGCCAUAUGAGGGGAAUAACUCAUAUUGUAAAACCAAGGCUCUAGCUCUACUGGUAGGGGUGGAACUAGAAAAAGCAUUUCCUGUAGAAACUGGAGUGAGUGCUGUACAAAAUGAGGAUGAAAAUAUGUUUGAGUAAAGUUGGAUAGUUUAAGACAUAAAGAAAUGUUAAAUGGCUUAAAUCAAGUGAAGGGAUGUAAAAAAAGUUUAAAUGGAAUUAACAUGCAUGCCAUUUAAAAUGGUUAGAAACAAAUAAAGUGAAGAGUUAAACAAA